AUUCGGCUUGCGGCUCGUGGGGCAACGCCGGCUAGCUCUCGACCCCAGGGAUGGGUAGUUCCCCUUGCCCGCCAAAUUAACGGAAUCUCGCUCUCACCGAUACUGUCCUACACCAUAGUCUCCUUGGAAAACCGAUAGAUGGCGCUUCGACUCAGCCCUGGACAAUCUAUCGCUGAGGUGGGACUGGAACACCACCACGAGUAUGUCGACGGACCUUUGAAAGGACAACAUACGCGUGGGCAUGCCCACCGGAUUAAGGAUUACUCUCGACCACAUGCCGGCGUGCCUUCUUCUGCAGCGCCCAACGUAGGCCACACCCACAUCCAACUAGAGCCUCAAGUCUUUUGCGUGGUAGACUCCAAUGGGACGACCGUUGAGAUCCUCCAGAGCAUAUGCGUUCCCUCCUACUGGCUUCACUACACGGCAUCGGACGAACUUGCGCGCGAACUUGGCAUUGAAGCAUUUACCGAAGUCGCUUAGGACAAAAUUACGGCGGAAUACCUC